AUGGAUAAAAAAAAAUACCUGCAUUGGGUGGUACUCGCCCUUUCUUGCUUGAUGGUGUUUGGAAACUAUUACUGCUACGAUCUUCCAUCGGCGCUUAAUAUUCCCAUGUACAACUAUCUCAACAUCGACUAUAUCACCUAUCAAUUCCAACUCAAUCUUCUCUAUUCAGUAUACUCUUUCCCAAACAUCAUCUUGCCAUUGUUUGCUGGCGUGUUGGUCGACAAAUACCCAACCUCGUACAUGGUCAUUGUAUUCUCGUUGAUGGUGUGCAUAGGACAAUCGAUUUUUGCCAUAGGAGUAACAACCAAGAACUUUAUAGUAAUGGCCACGGGACGGCUUAUUUUUGGUAUUGGAGGCGAAAGUCUCGAAGUUGCAUCGGCAAGUAUCAUCACACAAUGGUUUGAAGGUCGCCUGACUGGAUUGGCAUUUGCUUUGGGAAUGAAUCUGGCUAGCGCUAGAUUAGCCACCGCUGUAAAUGCCAAUCUCAGCCCGUGGAUUGCUAACCGUGAUGGGGUCCAAGGAGCUGUCUGGGUUGGGCUUAGCGUCAGUUGUAUAAGUCUUUUAUGUGCUAUUGGAUUAGGGUAUAUUUGUCAUCGAAUGGAUAGGUUUACUCUCGACCACGGCAGCGAUUUAGACAUGUCUGUAGAAACUAUAACGAAUUCAAACGAUACGGCUGAAAAGACAACUAUAGAAAGUAAAGACCAGUCCAAACAGCCAGACGUGGUUGCAUUGCAUCCAACUCCACCAAAAAUCCAUAUUAAUACCUCAAUGACCACAGACGAUACCACCACUUACGAUGCAACCACAACUCUUGACGAUAUCAAUGAAGAUGGAUAUGAAAGCGAAGAGUAUGAUGAGGUGGACGAUCAGGUUCAUAUUGAGCACGUAUGGCGGUUUGGACCAUCCUUUUGGCUUUUGUUUCUAACUACCGUGUUCAUCUAUGGCUCAAUCCUACCCUUCUUUCAUGUGUGCACUGACUUCAUGUCUAUCCCAGAUAUAAUAUCAGCAAUAGGAUCACCUUUAUCAGGAAUCUUUAUUGACAACUUUGGUCAUAGAUCCACUCUCCUGCCUAUUUCCAUCAUCAUCAUCUUUAUAGCACACACUACCCUAGCAUAUUCAACCUUUACACCCAUCGCAGCAAUGACACUUAUGGGUAUUGCAUAUUCGUUUUUCGCAUCAUCCUUGUGGCCAUGUGUUCCGUUCUUGGUUGGUCAACACCAGAUUGCUACAGCAUAUGGGUUUCUCACAUCCGCACUAAACAUCUCGUUGUUUAUAUUUCCUUUGAUCCUUGCCAAGAUUCGAUCGGUUGGGGAUAGAGAUGAUUUUAUGGGCAUGCAAUGGUUUUUUAUGGGUUUAUGCGGAGUGGCCUUUAUAUCUAGUUUAGGGUUGGGCAUAUGGGAUUGGGUGUAUGGUCACGGAUCGUUGCAGCAACCCAGUAUUCAACCUAAACACAGCAAAGACAAGACCAUCUCUAGCCUUGAUGCUGGCGAAACUCAAGAUAAUAGCAUAUCAGACUCGGCAAAUACUCUUGACGACAGUGAAGCGGGUAUAAGCACAGUUCAAUCCAUCGCGCACACAACUGCUUCGUCAUUAUCAACACACAAUGUAGCCAAGCGAAGAUCCGCGUUGAUUGAAGCUCAGCCGCCAUCACCAACAAAAGUAUACAAAGCACAAGCAGUCGGCGUUGGGCUAGUCGUAUCUACCCCCUCCACAGUGGUGCAUCAUCACCAUCACGUACCAUAUGCUAGAUCUGCAAGAGCACGAUCACCUGAGAGAAGAGGGUCCUCGUCUGCAGUGGAUCCGACAUCACCAUCUACAACCAUGUUGGCCCAUACAAACUGCAAAUGCCACGAGUCCAAUGGAAUGUAUAUCCAAGAAGAAAUGGAUCCGUUUGAAUUUAUACAUGCGAGUGCAGUCAUAACAGAGAGAACACAAGACAGCGAGUCAGGAUCGUCACAGUCUGCAUCGCCAGUUAGGGGAAUGCAGACUGGCGAUCUAUUAUCUCCUUCGAAUGGAUAUAGGCUUCCUAGAUCCACCUCGCCAGUUCGGAGAACUCAUUUUACGUCGUCCAAGCUGUCGGAAUCAAGUGCUGAAUGUUGA